AUGGUGCACGAAACGCAGAAGGUGUAUGACGAGCACAAAACUAACUACGCGGACCCGGACGGGACGCUGGGCACAAAGGACACCGCGGCGCACGAGGAACAGAAGAACUCUGCAGACCAGAGAAAAACGUUGGGCCACAACGACCUCGACGCCGCAAAGAACGAGAAGCAGCAGAGCUUCGCGGACAAGGAGAAGGCGCCGAACACCAAGGACGCCAAGACGCACGAGGAGCAGCAGAGCUUUGCAGAGAGGGACAUAGCGCUUGGCAGCAAAAACGACGCGGCGCACGAGCCACAGCAGAGCUACGCAGACCAGGGCGAGACGCUGUGCACAGAGGCGCGCGGGCAGCAGCGCAACGCCGACCAGGACGCGACGUUGGACACCAAGGAGAAGGCGCUGAACACCAAGAGCUUCGCAGCGAACGAGGAGCAGCAGAGCCACGGCGACCGGGACGCGUCGCCGGGCAGGGGCCUCGCGGACACGCGCCAAGCUUCACGAGUGGAUCGAGGAGGCCGCCCCGAGCGGACCCGCAACGGCGUAUUCGAGCAGGUCGACAGAAAGGGCAUCGCGGAGCACGCGGCACUUCGCGCGGAUGCGCAGCCAGCGCCGAAGAGGGGCAGCGCAACGCAGAGAGCGGCGAAAAGCGAAAAGGAUGCCGACACAGAGCGGGAGGGAGGAACGGCCCCUGGCGACACCCGCCGCUGCCUGCCCGCCCCGCAGACGGCCCCCGAUGAGCUUCUCGAUCUGUCUCUUGCCACGGAGGAUGCGCUGCUGACCGGCUGCAAGGGUUGCCCAUAUGGCGCCGCCGUUCACCGGGCGCGCUUCCGCGGGGGCGAGCCUAGCGACGGCGAGGGGGCGGGCGACGCGGCGGGCGACCCUCCGGCUGCGCCGCAGUUGAAAAUUGGCACUGUCGAGGAGCAGCCCCUAGCGGGGACGACGAGUUCCGAGAACCGCAUGGAGACACUGACCUGCGGCCACAGGCCCCGGCCCCGAGCGCUCGAGAAGGAGCCGCCGGUUCUUCCGCACAUGGACAGAAGGGCGACCUGCCCGACCACGCGCGCGCCGAUCGCCUGUUCGACCAAGGCCGCGGAGAAGCACGGCGAGGUCGGCGCGGCAGCGUGCCAGACGCGCGGAGCGGAACGGAUCACGUGGCUGGACGGGGAAAAGUUUGCGAUCGGAUCCGGAAUGACCUGGUACUGGAGCGCGCUGUACCGAUGGAAAUCUCACCAGAGCAUGGUCGGCUCUCGCGCCAUGGGCGCGCCGCUGGUCACCCUGCAGUCAAUCGACGAGGGCGUCGUCGGCGGCACGCCACAGGUGCGCAAGUUCGACCAGCAGGGCCACGGCGCGGUCGCCGACCUCGUCAAUUUCUUCGGAACCCAGAAAAAGAAGGCGAACGGCCUGUUCUGCUUCCCGCUCAUGGAGGCGCACCGCAAGUGGAAAAGCGCCCACACGGCGCACCAGGUUAACAGGCAUGGGUACACGAUCAAGCACGGGCACUUCCUGACGCCCACCACUACACAGGGCCAGGCGGCCCGCACCAGGGCGACCGUCGAGCGCGCGCUGGGCGCGAGAAUUUGCAGACAGGAGGGCAGAGCGGAGAAGCGACGGCUGCGUGCGCACGCGACCCUCAGCGGGGCCACCUGCGCGGCGCGCUCUCGUUUCGGCCGCCGCCGCGAGUGGUCUUGCAGACAGGCCCACGUUGUUCUCGAAGCCCACCAGAAGUUCGGCGAGCGCAUGGCCAUGGAGACGCGAAAGAUCGAGGUGGCGGCCGCCGAGCGGCUGCUGCGGGAGCUGUCGGGCGGGGCUGCCGCGCCCUCGGCCGCGGGCCUCGCGGCGCGGAUGCUCCGGCGGUCACUGCCCGUGGUGGGCGAGGCCGCGGCGGCCAGGUACGCGAGGCAGAGGGGCCCGACCCUCUUCAUGCUGAUCCAGAGGCUGCGCGGCGAGGAGCCCACGCAGACGCUGUCCCCGGUCGAUCUGGACCGCCUGCAGGCGCUCGAGGUCCUCACCGACGACGCUCUCGCAGCCGCCGACGCCGUGGCAGCCGCCGCGGCUCUGGCGCCGGCGGCGCCAGAUGCCGGCGGCAGCGGCGCCGUGCUGGCCGACCUGGCGGCUGGCGCGGAGAGGUGCAGCGGCCUGGUGCGGCGGCUGCUCUGCGAGCUGGACUGCUCGGGCCGGACGAAGGGCGGUAUCGGAUACGGUCGGGAGUUUUGGUUUAGCGGCUUAGCGUGA